AUGGGUUUAGUGGUGAAGCAGAACGUGGACAAAGCCCUGCAGUUCCUCAAAGAGCAGCGAGUCCACCUGGAGAACGUCGGCUCUCACGACAUCGUGGAUGGAAACCACCGGCUCACGCUGGGCCUCAUCUGGACCAUCAUCCUCCGCUUCCAGAUCCAGGUGAUCAAAAUAGAGACAGAGGACAACCGAGAAACCCGUUCGGCCAAGGAUGCUCUGCUGCUCUGGUGCCAGAUGAAGACUGCAGGGUACCCGGAGGUCAACAUCCAGAACUUCACCACCUGCUGGAGAGACGGCCUCGCCUUCAACGCCCUCAUACACAGACACAGACCCGACCUGAUAGAGUUCCACAAGCUGACGCGGUCCAAUGCAACCCACAACCUCCAGCAAGCCUUCAACAUCGCCGAGCAGCACCUGGGCCUCACCAAGCUGCUGGACCCGGAGGUGCAGAUAAAUUCUCAGAAAAUGUCGCCACACCGAUUAGAAGUUCAGGUGAUGUUUCAGGAAAAGGGGAAUCUCGAGGUCCUCCUCUUCACCAUCCAAAGCAAACUCAGAGCCAAUAACCAGAAACCCUAUGUGCCUCAUGACGGGAAGCUCAUCUCAGACAUUAACAAGGCCUGGGAGAGGCUGGAGAAGGCGGAGCAUGAGAGGGGCGUGGCUCUGCGGAAGGAGCUGAUUCGUCAGGAGAAGCUCGAGCUGUUGGCUCAGCGCUUCGACCACAAAACCACCAUGAGGCAAGCCUGGCUCAACGAGAAUCAAAGACUCGUAUCGCAGGACAAUUUCGGCUACGACCUACCAGCGGUCGAGGCAGCGAUGAAGAAGCACGAGGCCAUCGAGGCGGACAUCGCCUCCUACGAAGAGCGGAUCGGCGUGGUUGUGGAGCUCGCGGCGGAGAUGGAGGCGGAAGGAUACUACGACAUCCGACGCAUCUCAGCGCGCAAGGAGAACAUUCUGGGCCAGUGGAGUCUGCUGAAGGAGCUGGUGGCCGGGAGGAGGACUCGGCUGGAGAAGAACCUGUGUCUGCAGAAGACUUUCCAGGACAUGGUGUACAUGAUCGACUGGAUGGAGGACACACAGGCCCAGCUGCUGUCAAAGGACUUUGGGAAGCAUCUUUUGGAGGUGGACGACCUGCUGCAGAAACACAGCCUGCAGGAGGCCGACAUCGGCGUGCAGGCCGAGAGAGUCGAGACGCUCAACACCGCUGCGCUCAAGUUCACCACGAUAGAGGGUUACCAACCAUGUGACCCACAGGUGAUCUGUAACCGUGUCAACCACGUGUCGUCCUGUCUGGAGGAGCUGAAACAGCUAGCGGCUAAGAGACGCGCUGAGCUGGAGGAGUCAAGACAGCUGUGGGCGUUUUUCCAGGAGCUGGAGGAGUCGGGGGCCUGGAUCCGAGAGAAGAGCGCCAUCCUGGGAGCUCAGGGUUACGGGAAGGACCUGAGCAGUGUGCUGAGGCUACUGCAGAAACACAAGACUCUGGCUGGAGAACUGCUGGCUCACCGGUCGCUGCUGCAGAACACCAUGAAGCGAGGGAAGCAGAUCCUGAGCGAGAAGAGCUUCGGCACCGCCGGGAUCCAGGAGCACAUCAUGGACGUGAAGGCCGAGUGGAAGAGGCUGGAGGACCAGGCGGCGCAGCGUCUCGGUCACCUGCAGGAGGCGCUCAACUUCUUCCAGUUCUCCACGGAGACGGACGACCUGGUGGCCUGGCUGCAGGACGCCUACCGCCUGGUGUCCAGCGAGGACUUCGGCCACGACGAGUACUCCACCCAGUCCCUGCUGAAGAAGCACCGCGGGGUCAGCGAGGCCGUCGACAAGCACCGGCUGCACGUGGUGGCGCUGCGCAAACACAUGGUGGCGCUGCCUCUGCGGUACCGCGAUCAGGAGGAGGUGCAGGUGAGGAUGGGGGAGGUGGAGCAGCUGUACACGGAGGUGGCCGAGGUGGCCGUCCUCAGGCAGCAGUGGCUUCACGACGCCCUCGCCGUCUACCGCAUGUUCAGCGAGGUCAACGCCUGCGAGCUGUGGAUCGACGAGAAGGAGCAGUGGCUGGACAAGAUGGAGGUUCCCGAGAAGCUGGAGGACGUGGAGGUGGUGGCGCACAGGUUCGAGAGCCUGGACCAGGAGAUGAACAGCCUGAUGGGGAGGAUCCUGGACGUUAAUCAGAUUGUCCAGCAGCUCCUGGAUGGAGGUCAUCCAUCUUCUACCGAGGUCAGGGGCUGUCAGGACCACCUCAACUCCAGGUGGAACAGCAUCGUGGAGCUGGUGGAGCAGAAGAAGGACCAGCUGGACUCGAUGCUGCGCCUCCAGAACUACCUGCUGGAGUGCGCAGAGAUCAAGUCCCAGAUCCAGGACAAGAGGAAAGCCAUCGACGCCACCCAGUACGUGGGCAGCGACCUGGGAGGAGUCCUGGCGCUGCAGAGACGCCUCUCCACCAUGGAGGGAGCUCUGUCGGUCCUGGAGCCCAAACUGCUGCAUCUGCAGGAAGAGGCGGAGCAUCUGGCCACCGCUCACACGGGCCGAGCCAUAGAGAUCCUGGUGCCGUUCGACGGCAUCAGCGUGGAGUGGGAGGAGCUGAAACGGACCCUGCAGGGAUGUGAGGACUCGCUGAUGGUGGCGAGCAGGCUGCAGAGCUUCAUACAGGACCUGGACUCGUUCCUCACCUGGCUGGUUCAGACUCAGACGGCCGCCGCCUCCGACCAGCUCCCCAACGACCUGGAGGAGGCCGAGAGGCUCAUCAACAAACACGCCGCUCUCAAGGAGGAGAUUGGACGGUACGAGGAGGACUACGAGCGUCUGCAGGCCAUGAACGAGCUGCUGGAGUCGGAGGAGGCUCCUCUCCCUCAGGCCGCCCUGCAGCAGUGGCUGCAGAAGCUGGACGUGGGCUGGAACAAGCUGCUGGAGAUGUGGGAGAGCCGGAGAGAGGUCCUGGUCCAGGCCCACAUCUUUCACCUUUUCCUGCGAGACGUCAAACAGGCCGAGUCCUUCCUCAACAACCAGGAGUCGGCGCUGGCUCACGUGGAGCUGCCCACCACGGUGGAGACGGUGGAGGCGGCCAUCAAGAAGCACAAGGACUUCACCACCACCAUGGAGCUCAACCUGCACCGCAUCAAGGCCGUGAUCGAGGCCGGAGAGAGCCUCAUCAGCCAGAACAACAUCUACUCGGAGCGCAUCAGGGAGCGGAUCGACGCCCUCGCCAGCAGGGGGAACCAGAACAGAGAGCUGGCCCAGCAGUGGCUGGAGAAGCUCAACGACCAGUGGGAGCUGCAGAGGUUCCUGCAGGACUGUCACGAGCUGGGGGACUGGGUGUACGAGAAGAUGCUGAUGGCGAGGGACAGCAGCCGAGACGAGACCCAGAAGCUUCACAAGAAAUGGCUGAAGCACCAGGCCUUCAUGGCCGAGCUGGCCCAGAACAAGGAAUGGCUGGACAAAAUUGAAAAGGAGGGUCAGCAGCUGAUCCAGGAGAAGCCGGAGCUCAGCCCGGUGGUCCGCAGGAAGCUGGAGGAGAUCCGGGAGUGCUGGCAGGACCUGGAGAGCACCACUCAGGCCAAAGCCCGGCAGCUCUUCGAAGCCAACAAGGCCGACCUGCUGGUGCAGAGCUACGAGAGCCUGGACCAGAGGCUGGGCCAGCUGGAGGGGCAACUGGCCUACGUGGACCAGGGGCAGGACCUGACCACCGUCAACAAGCAGCUCAAGAAACUGCACACCAUGGAGAGCCAGAUGGAGGAGUGGUACAAGGAGGUGGGGCAGCUCCAGGUGCAGGCGUCCUCCAUCCCGCAGCAGACGCAGGUCAAGGAGACGGUGGCCGAGCGACAGGCCGCCGUGGAGGCCCGGAUGGUGCGUCUGAUCGAGCCGCUGAAGGAGAGGCGACGCAUCCUGCUGGCGUCGAAGGAGGUCCAUCAGGUCGGACGAGACCUGGAGGACGAGAUUUUGUGGGUGCAGGAACGCCUCCCGAUGGCCAUGUCUCAGGAGCACGGCUCGACUCUGCAGGCCGUCCAGCAGCUCAUGAAGAAGAACCAGACCCUCCAGCGGGAGCUGCAGGGCCACCGGGGCCGAAUCGAGGACGUCCUGGAGAGGGCGGCCAUCAUCGCUUCCAUACGCAGCCCGGAGGCCGACUGCGUCAGGGCCGGCCACGACCAGCUGGCCCAGCUGUGGGCUCUGCUCUGGGCCGAGACCGAGAGGAGGCAGCUGGUCCUGGACGCCAUGUACCAGGCCCAGCAGUACUACUUCGACACGGCCGAGGUGGAGGCCUGGCUGAGCGAGCAGGAGCUGCACAUGAUGAACGAGGAGAAGGGGAAGGAUGAGCCGAGCACGCUGCAGCUGCUGAAGAAACACUUGGUCCUGGAACAGACCAUCGAGGACUACGCGGAGACCAUCGGCCUGCUGUCGCAGCAGUGCCGACAGCUGCUGGAGAUGGGGCAUCCAGACUGCGAGCAGAUCAGCAAGCGUCAGUCCCAGAUCGACCGGCUCUACGUGUCUCUGAAGGACCUGGUGGAGGAGAGGAAGAGCCGCCUGGAGCAGCAGUACUGGCUCUACCAGCUCAACCGGGAGGUGGACGAGCUGGAGCAGUGGAUCGCUCAGAGGGAGGUGGUGGCCAGCUCGCCCGAACUGGGUCAAGACUUCGAGCACGUCACCGUCCUGCAGGAGAAGUUUACAGAGUUUGCGUCGGAGACGGGCAGCGUGGGGCAGGAACGGGUGACGGCGGUCAACCAGAUGGUGGACGAGCUCAUCGACUACGGCCACUCGGAGGCGGCCACCAUCGCCGAGUGGAAGGACGGCGUGAACGAGGCCUGGGCCGACCUGCUGGAGCUCAUGGAGACCCGCGCCCAGAUGCUCGCCGCCUCGCACCAGCUGCACAAGUUCUUCUCCGACUGCAGAGAGGUUUUGGCCCAGAUUGAGGACAAACAUCGGAGGCUGCCGGAGGUUCGGGCUCGGCAGGGCAGCACUGCCAACACCAGCACCCUGCAGAGACUCCUGCACAGCUUCGAACAGGACAUUCAGCUGCUCGUCACACAGGUGCGUCAGCUGCAGGAGAGCGCGGCCCAGCUGAGGACGGUGUACGCCGGCGAGAAGGCCGAAGCCAUCGCCUGCCGCGAGCACGAAGUGAUGCAGUGCUGGAAAGAGCUGCUGACGUCCUGCGAGGAGUGCCGAGUGCAGAUCACCACCGAGACGGACAAGCUGAGGUUCUUCGGCAUGGUCCGAGAUCAGAUCAUGUGGAUGGACUCCAUCAUCUGCCAGAUAGGGACGGGAGAGAAGCCCAGGGACGUGUCCUCGGUCGAGGUGCUGAUGAAUUAUCACCAGAGUCUGAAGAGCGAAGUGGAGGCUCGCAGCCGGAGCAUCCUGGAGUGCAUCGAGAUGGGAAAGACGCUGCUGGCUGCCAGGAACCCUGCAGCUGAAGAGAUCAAGGAGAAGCUGGACAGGGUGAUGGCGAAGCAGCACGAGCUUUCUGAGAAGUGGGACAAACACUGGGAAGUCCUGCAGCAACUGCUGGAGGUCCACCAGUUCGCCCAGGAGGCGGUGGUGGCCGAGGCCUGGCUCACCGCUCAGGAGCCCUUCAUCAACAGCAACGAGCUCGGCGGCAGCGUGGACGAGGUGGAGCAGCUGAUUCGCCGACACGAAGCCUUCCGCAAAGCCGCCGCCACCUGGGAGGAGAGGUUCAGCUCGCUGCGACGGCUCACCACGGUGGAGAAGUUGAAAGCAGAGCAGAGCAAACUGCCCCCGACCCCUCUGCUGGGGCGCAAAGUCUUCCUGGACCCCCUAGAUGCCUCCCCCACCCCGGCCACCCUCCCCCGCCUCCCGAUCUCGCCCGUCAUGAGACAGACCAUCUACGAGCAGAACGAAGCCAGCUCUCCUCCCUCCCCGUCGCCCGCCACCCCGACGCCGUCUCCGUCCUCCGUGGUCCGGCGGCUCGGCUCCACCGUCGCCAACUACACCCCCGUGAUGAACGGCUCCAGUUACCGCCACACGCUGGAGGCCCGGCACGGCAGCGGCGGCGGCGUGGUGGGCGUGGCCGCGGGACUGGGCCAGCCCGCUCCAUCCUCCAUCGCGUCAGUCGCCACGGCGGCCAUGUUGGUUUCAGCCAACCAGGUGCGAGAAAGCGCCAGCGCAGCCAGAGAGCAGGCGACGAAGGCCAUGAGCCACCUGCAGCCGGUGCAGGCGGCGAGGGAGCUGGAGGUGAAGUCGUCCCCGUAUCUACGGCAACCUAAAAUCAAACACCUGGAUGACGCCGUGACGCCGCUGCUGGUGGCGAGCCGGCUGGAGAAGGCGAGGGAGAGGGAGAGGGGCAGGGAGCGAGAGAUGAUGAUGGGGGAGAUCGGGACGGAGAGGGCAGAGGUGGCGGUGAUGGCCGAGGUGGUGCUGCAGGAGCCGGGGGGCCGCGAGCGUCUGCACAGUGAGCCCACCAGGGGGCCCCGGGGAUCCAGGACCGACCCGCUGGGCCACGCCGAGCCCCAGGUCCAGGCGCACGGCCACCACCGGGACCACAGGAUAGAACGGCAGCUGAGCAGCGAGCAGCUGAUCCAGGCUCGCAGGGACGAGCUGCCUCAGGAGGUGUGGAGGGAACACGCCGAGAGGAGGGAGAGGCGGACGCUGGAGAGGCAGACGUCCAGCGAACAGGAGGGCCAGGGGGGCCAGGGAGGUCAGGGAGGCCAGGGGAGCCACGGGAGCCACGGGAGCCACGUGAGCCACGGGGGCCACGAGGGCCGGCGGAGGGAGAGGGACCGACACCGGCUGGAGAGGCAGGAGUCCAGCGAGCACGACACCGGGAAGGAGCACUCGGACAGACGCUCCGGAGGAGGAGAGAAGAGGUCCACGCUGGCAGAGAUCGUAGAGCAGCUGCAGGAAAGAGAAGCAGCACAGGCCCGUGGCGAGGUCCCCCGCCUGCCCAACGGGUUACCAGAGAAGUCUUCCCGUCCCGACCGGCCUCGAGCUCGGGACCGACCCAAACCGCGACGCCGGCCGCGACCCAAAGAGCCCGGAGAGACCACGCGGAGGUCCAGGUCGGCUCCGGCCCAGAGCAGCCCAGCGGUGCCCCAGCCGCCGACGCACACAGCACACCACGAGGGCUUCCUGUUCCGCAAGCUGGACAUCGAGAGCCUGAAGAAGAGCACCAAUAGGUCAUGGGUCAACCUGUACUGCGUGCUGAACAAAGGGGAGAUGGGUUUCUACAAGGACGCCAAGAACACCACCACGCCCUACAACAACGAGCCGCUGCUCAACCUCUCCCACUGCCACUGCGACGUCACCAACGGCUACAAGAAGAAGAAGAACGUCUUCACGCUCAAAACGAAGGACGGCAGCGAGUUUUUGUUCCAUGCAAAAGAUGAGGACGACCUCAAAGCCUGGGUGACCAACAUCACCGCCAGUAUCUCGGAGCACGAGGAGAUUGCCAAAUGGGGUCAGCCCCAACCAACUACCUCAUCCACCGACGAGGGCACGCGCCGCGACGGCAGCAAGGCGGACAACCGCUCGGACCGAGGCGGCGAGCGCUCGGACCGGGCCGAGCGGAUCGAGCGGGCGGAUAAGGAGAAGGAGAAGGAAAAGGAGAAGGAGAAGGAGAGGGAGAAGGAGAAGGAGAGGGAGCGAGGCGAGCGGUCGGAGAGGUCGGAUCGGGGCGGCAAGUCGGACGCAAAGCGCUCGGAGAAGUCCAGCAAGAAGAAGUGA